AUGGGGUAAGAAAUCUGAGAUGUAUUUUAUUUUUAAACCGAUACAAAUUACUAAACUGAUAUUGUGAUGAUCAAAGUAAAUUUGUUUUAUUUUUUGUGCAAAACACAUUUAUAUCAGCUCUCACAUAUUUUGGCUCUUUUAAAAAGAAACUCAAAAAAAAUAAAUUAGGCAAGAUUGCUUUGUUCGUUUGCAUAGCUGAUAAAGUUCUGAGAGCAAAGCAAUAUGCGGAACCCUAAUUUUAAGCCAUUUAGCAAUUAGUAAAGAGUGGAUUUAGCGGUUCAAUCUACUUCACUUAAAACGAGGACAUGACGCAAUUAGAAUAUUAUGAAAAUCUAAAUGAUGCCUUAUUAAAUUGUAUUUAUGCAUAUUACAUUCAUUUAAAUUAAAUAAUUUUCUCUAAAUUCGAGUCAAUUAACAAAAAUCUGAAUAGGGGCAUAUUCUUUCAUGCUAAAUCUGAUUAGUCAUUGACAUCUAAAGAAGAACUAAUUAUUAUUAAUAAUAAUCAUAGUAAUAUAUACAUCUUUCUAUGA